GGAGGAGAGAAACCAAGACAAACGAAAAUAGCCAACCGGGGAGGGAGAAGAAGAGAGGGAGUGACAAAGAUGGGACCGAGAGAAAUAGACAGAGAUCUAGAACGUCUUGUACCAGCCGUAGGUUUAGGUAUCCUUGACAAUGGAACCUCCAAAUUGCUAUCUCCAUCCGAAACCCAGAUCGCAUCAUCUUCCCAUGCCGCAGGCAAAGAGGCGUUUUGCAAAGUUUUUCGUAUCUGGGCUUCAAAAAAGUUUGUAACAGGAUGUGUUAUUUUACUUCCAUUAGCAAUCACAUUCUAUACUACAUGGUGGUUCAUUCAUUUUGUGGAUGGCUUCUUUUCACCAAUAUUUGUUCAUCUCGGGAUCCAUUUAUUUGGUCUAGGAUUUGUGACUUCCAUCACAUUCAUCUUCUUGGUGGGUGUGUUCAUGUCUUCUUGGCUUGGGGCUUCACUUCUGGGUCUUGGAGAAUGGUUUAUUAAGAAGAUGCCCCUAGUGAGCUACAUAUAUUCUGCUUCAAAGCAAAUCAGUGCAGCAAUAUCACCAGAUCAGGGUUCUCAUGCCUUCAAGGAAGUGGCCAUCAUAAAGCACCCACGAAUUGGGGAGUAUGCAUUUGGCUUCAUCACAUCCACAGUCAUCCUUCAUAAGAGCUCAGGUGCAGAGGAAUUGUGCUGUGUUUAUGUUCCAACAAAUCAUCUUUAUCUUGGAGACAUUCUCCUUGUAAAUUCAAAGGAUGUCAUGAGACCUGAUCUCUCUGUUCGUGAAGGAAUUGAGAUUGUGAUUUCGGGUGGCUUAUCAAUACCACAAGUAUUGACAACAACAAACGCACAGACUAUGCGUUCGCCAAGAACUGGGAAAUUUGCAGUGCCGCAGAUUUAAUAA